AUUUCCAUCUACGUCUAUGUUAUGAAUUUGAAUGUCCGAAUACAUCACAAUGGCACUUUCGAUCAACUGCAAUUUGUAACUCGUCUGAACUAUAUGGGUGUCUGUACGACAAGAUUCAGAACAUAUAUGCCGAGAGAUGUCUCAAGUCACCCAGUGUAGAAAGAAUGGCGUAAAGAAUGUGUUCAGUGGAGGGAUUGAUCGGGUUCCGUGUGACGACAACAGAUUUCAGCCUUUUACUUUCUCGACUAAUGGUAAUGACGAAUGCUUUUAUGCGAAAUCAAUAUGUAGUUUAGAAGGGCAGGUCGUUUUUUAUGAUUUGGAAUCUGAUAUUGAUAGAUCAUGUAGAUGUGAUUACACAUAUGGAUACGCCUUUGUACUUGAACCUGCUGAAAAAUGUAAAUGUGAUCCAUUUAUUGAGGACUGUACAUGCUACAAGAAAAAUUGUCCACCAGAUAGCGUGUUAUCACCUGAUUAUCAGUGUAUUGCUGUAAACAAUUGGAACGGAUCAAUAAAAUGCCCUCUUUUAGAUGCAACUAACACGAAUAAAGAAGACAAACAUCAUGACAUGCCAAAGAUAUUUCUAGAGAAAAAAGAUAGGGGUAUGUCCAAUACAACUAUUACACUAUAAACAAAAGCAUAAAAAGAAGAACGAGAGACACGAGCACUAACAAAUAAU